UGGCUGUUUCCUGCUCUCUCUACUCGACUGGCAAAGCUGAACUGAACACAGCUCAGAUACCGGACGCUUUAAUCAAAGCCUAUCAGACAAUUAUUUCACAUUCAAACAGACAGCAAUGCGAAGGAAAUCGAGGAUAUUACUAUGCUUCGCGGUCCUCUGGGUGCUUGGCAUAGCAUAUUAUUUCUAUUCGGGAACAACGUUGAGUCGAAAGGAUGACUGGAACGCUAUUGACUCAUCAAAUCAGGCCCAGGCCCACAGCAACGCAGAUGACAAAACCCACAGCCUGGAGACACUCCCCCCAGGCAAGGUGAGGUGGCAAGACUUUGACCAGGACCUAUAUGUUGGUGCUACGGUGGUGCGGCCGGGGCAGGAUCCCUACGCUCGCAACAAGUUCAACCAGGUGGAGAGUGACAAGCUCAGGAUGGACCGCGGAGUCCCUGACACUAGACAUGACCACUGCCGGCAUAAACAGUGGAAGACCGAGCUGCCUGCUUCUAGUGUGGUCAUCACCUUCCACAAUGAGGCCCGCUCGGCUCUGCUCCGCACCGUGGUCAGUGUUCUUAAGAAGAGUCCCCCGCACCUCGUCAAGGAGAUUAUCCUGGUGGACGAUUACAGCGACAACCCUGAGGAUGGAGCCUUGUUGGGGAAAAUUGAGAAGAUCCGGGUUCUUCGAAACGAUCGACGAGAAGGUCUGAUGAGAUCUAGGGUGAGGGGGGCUGACGCAGCCACUGCCAAUGUUCUUACCUUCCUGGACAGCCAUUGCGAGUGUAACGAACACUGGCUGGAACCGCUGCUGGAGAGAGUGGCUGAGGACAAAACGCGAGUUGUUUCCCCCAUCAUCGACGUCAUCAACAUGGACAACUUCCAGUACGUAGGCGCCUCGGCUGAUCUCAAAGGAGGAUUUGAUUGGAACCUGGUCUUCAAGUGGGACUAUAUGACCCUGGAGCAGAGGAGGGCUCGUCAAGGAAACCCCACUGCUCCAAUCAAGACUCCCAUGAUUGCCGGCGGACUCUUUGUCAUGGACAAGGACUACUUUGAGUUGCUGGGGAAGUACGACAUGAUGAUGGAUGUGUGGGGCGGAGAGAAUCUAGAGAUCUCUUUCCGCGUGUGGCAGUGUGGCGGCAGUCUAGAGAUCAUUCCCUGCAGUCGAGUGGGACACGUCUUCAGGAAGCAGCACCCAUAUACCUUUCCUGGGGGCAGUGGCACCGUGUUUGCUAGGAACACGAGGCGAGCAGCAGAGGUGUGGAUGGACGAGUUUAAGAACUUCUACUACGCCGCUGUGCCCUCGGCCCGAAACGUGCCCUACGGCAACAUUCAGAGCAGAAUGGAGAUGAAGAAGAGGCUGGGCUGCCAGCCAUUUAAGUGGUACCUGGAGAACGUGUACCCUGAGCUGCGGGUCCCUGACCAUCAGGACAUUGCCUUCGGCGCUCUGCAGCAGGGAGGUAACUGCUUAGACACGCUGGGACACUUUGCAGACGGAGUGGUGGGGGUCUACGAAUGCCACAACGCUGGGGGAAAUCAGGUAUCAUUCAGGGCUCAGGAAUGGGCGCUGACCAAGGACAAGUCAGUAAAGCACAUGGACCUCUGUCUGACGGUGGUGGACCGCACCGCAGGCUCACAAAUCAAACUGCAGGGCUGCAGGGAAAAUGACAGCAGACAGAAAUGGGAGCAGAUCGAGAGCAACUCUAAGUUGCGGCACGUGGGUAGCAACCUGUGCCUGGACAGCCGCAGUGCACGCACUGGGGGGCUGACAGUGGAGGUGUGCAGCCCCAACCUCAACCAGCAGUGGAAGUUCACUCUCAACCUCCAGCUCUAGAGAGAGAGACAAACAGACAGAGACCGACAGAGAGAGUCCCCACCAACACCACCUCCCCCACCACCUCCUCCUGCUCUCCUCCCCAGAGCCACCCAGCACCAACUACGGACAGACGGACAGACUGAGGCCCCCGGAGGGGCCACAACACACAGAGGGAAGAAGGAUAUGAAAUUACAGACCACCAAGUGGGAUGAUGAUAAUGCUUUCCAUCCAACUAUAUACCUCAGUGUUUCAUCUUUAGUCCUGCUCUUUGGAAAGUGAAUUAGUUAUUUUUCUUAAUGCAGGUGAAAUGGAAUGAACUUUCUGGAUGUUUUUCUUUUUUACAUUGUUCGUUUAAAUUUUUUCUCUCUUUCCACUGAAGUUCACUGCGUUUCUGAAAUGGAUGUGACUAUUAUUUUGUUGUCCUUUUUCUCUCUCAAGUAAUCUAUCUUUGUUGACUGUAAAAGACGUAUUCCAUAGAGGUUCCCUGACUAGACCGAAACGGCCCAGGAAGAAAGCUGAUGGUUUUGGUAUGGUUCCAGUUGGGUUUGGCCCCUUAAAAGUCCUGCUGGUAGAAGGGAAAGGACUCUACGCACUGUUCCUUUCGUUCACUGAAACGCUUCACUCCUGAUUGGUGGGCUGUUCUGACGGAGUGAGCGGUAAAGAGAUGGCGAAAACAAAAUCAGUUUUUUUUUUCCUUCUACAAUUUAUACCACAUUUUCAUUCUGCUCCUGUCACACGUGUUGUAAAAAGGUGCGUUGUCCGAUCAGAAGGGUGUUCUUCACGGGUCUCUCAUGGAUACUUGUGGGGCCAGGAGUUGUCGAGGGUGUGGAUAUUUCACUGCUGGGUCAUCACAGAUUGUAGCACUUGCUGCUACGGCUCUUCAGUCUUUGUCCCGUUUGUCCAUCACAAUUGAAUGGAAAACAUACAAAAUAAAUCUAUAUUUCAGUCAUGUAUUUUUUUUCUUUGCAAAAGCAUUACAGUGUCCAAGUUUAUUGAUUUAUUUUAUUUCUAACAGACAUUUAAUUAUUUGUGUUCAAUUAUACUGUAGAAUAAUCAACUGAGUUAUACAGUAAAUUGAACUGAUUUCUUUAUACUCUUGUUGCUUUCUGACUGUGCUCGUGAGUAAAAACGUAUCUACUUACUGUAUAGAUUUUUUUCCUUUUCGGUGUCGGUGUUACCAUAGUAACUACCCUGUCAUAACCUCAUACAAAUUAUUAUUGGUGAAGAGUUUAUUACAGGAUAAUAUUGGAACCAUAAUUUCCAUUCUCAGAAGUUCUACAAGUGUUCUUGAAAUGUUGUCUCACACACAGUGUAUGUAUACAUUGGAGUCCUUAUUGUCAAUAUUUGUGAUUUGCCAUUUUAGAAAAUUACACUUCAUCUGAGGUAAGCGACAAAGACAGCAUUUACAUGGGAGGGCCUUGUGUUGCAUGUUGUACCAAUACUUGAGCGUCUUUAUUUUUUUCCAUCUUCUUUUUCUGUCCUUUUGUUUUUCUUAACAUUGCACGCAUGCUUUGUGAAUGAUGUCUUUGCCUUUUUUGAUAUCCAUCAUACUGUAAAGGAGAAUGUGUUUUUGUGUGCGCUAGUGAACAGGUUUCUUGAAGGAGGGCAGGUCAUUCGGCAAUCGUUAACUAGACUCACAAGGGAGAAAAGCAAUACGAUUUUCUUAUUUCAGUAUCAUUGUUGUGCAUUUAGCUCACAUCUGCUUUGGGUAUAUUCUGAUUGGGUUAAUACAUGUAGCUUGUGAUAUGUGGUACUUUAAACGUUGCUGUUUGUUUCUGAGGGGCAGCAGAACCCACCGUUAAUGUGAUGGCCAAAGGAGCCUAUAAUGACUUAUGAAAGCUAAGAUUCAUCCAUUGACAUGACAUUGUUUUUGUCUCGGUUGGGAUGCCCCCGAUUUCAAUAGAGAUUAAUUUAUUAUAGAAUAGCAAAUUACUAAUUAUUCAGUAAUAUUUGCUGUCUGUAUUUUGAGCCCUCAUUAUAUAUGCAUAUAUCCCUUUGUGUUCUACACCAUUCUGGUCAAACUUCCGUAUACAUAGGGAGACUCCAACCACCAUCAGUAUAGAAACAAGCAUCACAACAUCAAAACAGAUGCAGCAGCUCCCAUCUCUAACUUGUGUGGAGGUAUUGCAUUUCAAAAAUGCCAAAGAGAUGAGGUAUCCCACAGUAAGGGAUGUGGAGCAGGGGAUAGAGGUAACAUCCCAUACUUUACCUGCAGUAUCUGCAGUUCAGAAUGUGAGAUCUGUGCGUGAGCAGGACUAUGGGAUCAAGAGGAGAAUUGGAUGUUUUAACCUCCCAUGUGAGAGAGGUUAGUAGGAUUAUGACAAGUUGCAAAUGGUAAGAGCUCUGUCUGCCAUCACGUCACUGUUGAAAUUGUAACAAUUUCGGAGUUCAUGUCAAUUGUACCAAUUCAAAUGUGAAAGUUCAGAUGGUUAGAGGGAGGCCUACAGUACUAAAUGGAAUUGCUUGUGUGAACAUUGUCUACAUACAUGGUGGCAACAGUUGUUCAAGUAUUGAAUAAAGCCUUUUUAGUAA